GUUGAUGCAACUAGCUGUGCUGAUCAGUUGCAAAUAUGCGCAACAGCCACUGAACAGUAUGAACACCAAAUGGAGCAGAUUAAAAGAAUUGCCUUCAGAAAAUGUUUCCCUCAAUCACCAUGUACAAGUGAACGAAUUGCAUUCGACGACUGUUUUCACAGUUCACUAAACGCCGUACGUGCCCAUCGAAUGCAAGCACAUCACCACUCGGAUAAUUUCAUGGACACAGCAGAACGCUAUCGUGACGCGGUUGACGACUGCUUUCUCGACGAUGAUCUACCAGCAUCGUUUCCAGAUCUUUCUGCAUUUGUCGUUGAUGAGGAUGCUGUCUAUGCUCGUAUUGUGUACGGAAUGGAAUUCGCCGAUCGAUUGUGGGGCUUACCUCAAGUUGCCGUCUCCACGUCUUUGCUUGAUCCGAAAUCAGUUUGCCUCGUACGAGAAACUGUUGGACGUAUUUUUGGAAAUGGCAUCAGCCGAACAAUUGAUUCAGCAGACCCGCAAUUUAAUAAUUUGAACACGUCAUGUAUUGUGGAUGAUACUCAAGUUCAGUGUUAUCAACGUUUCCUGCAAAAUGAUGAUCAAUUCCAAUUUCUCAUCAUCACAAAAGAUCGCGCUAUGCGCGCAUGCAUCCAAAGUGUUCGUCUGCAAACUCAAUGUCGCACUGGUGACAGCUCUCGUUUACGAGUAUGUCUUUGUUCAGCGAGAGAAGAGUUUGAAAACAGAAUGCAGUCAUCUAUAUUACAGUGCAGCAAAAACUUGAAUCUAUCAUCCAUACACGAUUAUCGAAUUUACAUCGACAAAUCCAAACAAUUCACUAAAUACUAUCCAAGUAAGCCAUCUCAAAUUGAGUUCACAGAUUUUAAGGCAUUCGUAACCGAAGUGAUCCUGCGAAAUGCUGACUGCAUGAAUGAGACUAAUGAUUUUGGACAUUGUUUAGGAACUGAAAAUGCUUCUUUAAUCGUGUUCAUUUCAUGCGAUUCCGCGACAGAAAUACAACCCGAUGUACUUCUUCAAGGCGUGCAGUUCGACGGCAUAAAGAUGCCACAGAAUUCAAUACCGUCAAAUAUAGUGCUCGAUCCAAAACCAUCAAGGCCAUACUUCGAAAUAGUACAAGGAACCAAUCUGAAUGGACAGUGCUUGUGUGCCUGCGAACGACCGACGACACUUCCAAACAACCAACCAAGAAAUUUGCCUCUCGCUGACCAUCGUUCACAACCCAAAUCUAAUCAGCAAACAUUUUUGUCGACUGCACAAGCACGACCACCGCAGUGGAUGAGCCCUAACGGAGCAAGACCUAAUUGGAAACCUUGGUACAGAGCAGAGGUAUUUUAA